AUGGGCAUCGUGGCGCGGGGCUGCGGAGACAUGCUGACGGGUACCGAGCCGAUGCCGGCGAGCGACGAGGGCCGGGCGCCUGGCGCCGACCCGCAGAACCGCUACUUCUACCCGGAUCCCGGCGCCCAGGACGCAGCCGACCGUCGCGGGGGCGCCACCCUGGGGGCGCCCUACGCAGGGGGCGCCCUGGUGCCCGCUCCGCCAGGCCGCUUCCUCGGAGCCUACGCCUACCCGCCCCGGCCCCAGGCGACCGGCUUCCCUGGGGUGGGCGAGCCCUUCCCGCCGACGGCAAGCGCCGAGGGCUACCAGCCUGGGGACGGCUACGCGGCCCCGGACCCGCGCUCGGGACUGUACCCAGGGCCGCGCGAGGACUACGCGCUGCCCGCGGGGCUGGAAGUGUCCGGGAAGCUGAGAGUAGCGCUCAACAACCACCUGUUGUGGUCCAAGUUUAAUCAGCACCAAACGGAGAUGAUCAUCACCAAGCAGGGACGGCGGAUGUUCCCAUUCCUGUCAUUUACUGUGGCGGGACUGGAGCCCACCAGCCAUUACCGGAUGUUCGUGGACGUGGUCUUGGUGGACCAGCACCACUGGCGGUAUCAGAGCGGCAAGUGGGUGCAGUGUGGAAAGGCUGAGGGCAGCAUGCCAGGAAACCGCCUCUACGUCCACCCAGACUCCCCCAAUACCGGGGCCCACUGGAUGCGCCAGGAAGUUUCAUUCGGGAAACUAAAGCUCACGAACAACAAAGGGGCCUCUAACAAUGUGACCCAGAUGAUCGUGCUCCAGUCCCUCCAUAAGUACCAACCUCGGCUGCACAUCGUCGAGGUGAACGACGGGGAGCCGGAGGCAGCCUGCAGCGCUUCCAACACGCACGUCUUCACCUUCCAAGAGACCCAGUUCAUCGCCGUGACCGCCUACCAGAAUGCGGAGAUUACUCAGCUGAAAAUUGAUAACAACCCUUUUGCCAAAGGAUUCCGGGAGAACUUUGAGUCCAUGUAUGCAUCUGUUGACACGAGUGUGCCCUCCCCGCCCGGACCCAACUGUCAAUUGCUCGGGGGAGACCACUACUCUCCUCUCCUACCGAACCAGUAUCCCGUUCCUAGCCGCUUCUACCCCGACCUUCCUGGGCAGGCCAAGGAUGUGGCUUCCCAGCCGUACUGGUUGGGGGCCCCCCGGGACCACAGCUAUGAGGCCGAGUUUCGAGCAGUCAGCAUGAAGCCUGCCUUCCUGCCCUCCGCCCCUGGACCCACCAUGUCCUACUACCGAGGCCAGGAUGUCCUGGCGCCUGGAGCUGGCUGGCCGAUGGCCCCCCAGUACCCUCCCAAGAUGGGCCCAGGCAGCUGGUUCCGCCCCAUGCGGACUCUGCCCAUGGAACCUGGUCCUGGAGCUUCUGAGGGACGGGGGCCAGAGGACCAGGGCUCCCCUUCGGUGUGGACUGAGAUCACCCCCAUCCGGCCAGAGUCCAGUGACUCAGGACUGGGUGAAGGAGACUCUAAGAGGAGGCGUGUGUCCCCCUAUCCUUCCAGUGGUGACAGCUCCUCCCCUGCUGGGGCCCCUUCUCCUUUUGAUAAGGAAACCGAAGGUCAGUUUUAUAGCUACUUUCCCAAUUGAACAGAUGACAUGACAGGAACAAUGUCAUCAGGUUGGAUACCGCAGACAGGUGACUCAGGACUGGGAGGCCCCCAGCUCCCUCUGUCCCUUCUCCUUUUGUAGUUGGUUGAGGAAGAGGGGUGCCAAGAAGGCUUCUGGGGUUCACUUGCUGCUUUGGGCCCAAAGCGAAACCUGAGAGGCGUGUUCCCUGCCCCCUCCUUUGCCCUAACUACAGUCAUUUACCUGGUGCUGCUUCUGGCUGUGGGUUCCCAGCUGGAGAACAGAAAACAGAACAAGAAAGUCUUGGACACAAAGGAGCUUCCUCGCUUCUGUGGGGUGGGUGAGGGGUCAGGUGUGUGAAAAUAAAGACGCUGAGGAUUUGAUGACAGCCAGCCAGCCAGGGUCGGCGAGGGGACUCAGAUGACUUUGGGGCAGCUGGCCUGGGCCCCAUCCACUCGGAGACAGUGGGGUCCCAAGGAAGAGGCUGGAAAGGGGGGCGGGGUUGGUGCACACCUCAAGGAGCAACGUCUUGCGGUGGGGAUUGGUUGCGUGCGCGCUUUCUUUCUUUCUUUUUUUUUCUUUUUGAAUGGGGAGGCUAUUUAUUGUACAGAGAGUGGUGUCUGGAUCUAUUUCUUUUGUUUUCAUCACUUUCUGAAAAUAAACGUGAAACUGUAGAAUGUGUCCUGCUUCAGUGCCCUGAAAGGGGACAUGGUUGGGGGCUCCACUGGGAAUUGCAAGGACACCAUCCGCCCCCGGCUGCAGCAGAAGUUUCCAAGAAGGGGAGCUGCCUAGAAAUCCUGAGUGUCUUCAUUCCGGGGACAGACAGAGUCAAAGCAAGGCCACACGUGCUACCUUUGGCACUCAGGCUGAUGGCUGAUUCUACCUCGUAAGGCAUCGUGGGGA